AUGAGGUACAUUCUGGCACAUGCCCUCGUACAGGCCUCACUUCUCUCAAUUACCUCCGCCUCCCCGGCUCCAACUGCUUUCGCCAAUAUCGCUCCACCCGAUCCCGUCGUUACACCUUCCCCGGUCGAGCAUAUCCCUUCUCCCAUUGUUGGCCGAAACAUCUUGAGCGACGUUGAUUCUGAUAUCAAAAAUGUCCUUUCGGGGCUUGGGUCUGAUCUACCUACAUGGGUCGCAUCUGGAGUGCCCAACUUCUUCCAGGGGUUCCCGACUAAAGACGCAGUUGCGAGCUCCCUCGGAUUGGACAGCUCAGACUUGGCGGCAUUACCAACCAAUGUGUUGAACAUCGACCCUUAUGCGAACUGGACCAAGUCGGGCUGGAACGUUCGCUUCCACGGAAACGUUUACAAGCAGCCGAACACAUCUGUCUCCAAGUUGAACGAUUUAGCCGAUAUCUUCCUCGUCAACACUAAAAUCGCGGACCUUCCUCAAUCCCAGCAGGUCCAGGCACGAAAUCUGACUGCCGAGAUCUUUGUCGUGCAGCAGCCACAUGUUGCGGUGAACAAGAUCCACAUCAAGCCUGCGGUUAGUCAGGGAUCCAGCGGACAGCCAGGCGGCGGCGGAUCAUCCAACACAUCAGGCGGUACACAAGACAUCACCCUACCUUACAACACAACAGCCGAAGGUGACUUCGACACCUUUGUGCAGAUUGAAAGCAAUGGUCUUACUGCGGGAAAUGAAACCUCGGCAAUUCAGAGACUGGACACUCAUGUCGAGGGCGCAAGUAUCGGAAAUGCUACCGCCUAUCUUGUGCCUCCAACCGGACUCACCGUGAUUUCUGACAUUGACGAUAUUCUGCGUGUCACUAAGAUUUACGAACCGGCGCAAGGACUACUCAAUUCGUUCGCUCGUCCAUUCACGGCUUGGCAGAACAUGCCGGAUAUUUACCGCAACUGGUCCAUCAGCCUCCCCGAUACGCAUUUCCACUAUCUUACCACCACCCCCGAGCAAGUUACUAGAAACUACAUGCAGUUCAUCUACACCACCUACCCCGGCGGCUCCUUCGACACCCGUCCGCUCAACUUUAGCGACGUGUCUGCCACUCUGUCGAUCCGCAUGUUCUUAUUGCAAAAGAUUUUCGAAACCUUCCCGGAGCGCAAAUUCGUCCUGGUCGCAGACACCAGCAACAGCGACGUCAUGCGCGAUUACCCGAAACUGGCCACCGAAUUCCCGUCACAAGUCCAAUGUAUUUUCCUUCGCAACACUUCGGCAACCGAUUCGGGCGACAAGUUCCCCUACGACACGUCCGGAUUCAAGGGCCUCAAGCAGUCAAAGUAUAUGUUCUUCGUGAACGCGGAUGACCUCACCAACCUGGACAUCGCAAACGGACACUGUUACAAUCAGUCGGUUGCACAGAACCUGACGUUCAGCUACCAGGGAUUGCCAUUUGGACUGGGGGAUACUCCAACUGCUGUCAACGCGUCAGCGAAUCAAACUGGAGCGGCUAGCGGACUCUUAACCAAGGAGUCGGCUGGUGCGCAGGGCUUCAUGACAUUGAUCGCAGCGAUGUUUACGGCCGCCUUUAUGGUUUUAUAG